AUGGGGCUUCUGAUGGGGGAGGAGGUAUGCCAUCCCCCUGAGCAUGGGAAGAGACUGGAGAGACUGGCUACAGGUUUCUUCCCCAACGGGUUUAAAGGGUGUGAGGCUUUUCUCCGUCACAAGAUGACCCUGAUCUCCCCUUCUAUCCUGAAGAAGUACAGCAUUCCCUUCGACAAGAUCACCCAGGAGGCAGGAGAGUUUAUGAUCACCUUUCCGUAUGGUUACCACGCUGGCUUCAACCACGGCUUCAACUGUGCCGAGUCGACCAACUUCGCUAGUGUCCGAUGGAUCGACUACGGCAAGGUGGCCACUCAGUGUACAUGCAGUAAAGACAUGGUGAAGAUCAGCAUGGAUCCCUUUGUGAAGUGGUUCCAGCCGGACCGCUAUGCUGUGUGGAAGCUGGGGAAAGACUCCUGUCCUCUGGACCACACCCGAGCCACGCCCGCCACCACCCCAGAACUGCAGAACUGGCUUCAGCGCAGCCGGGUCAAGACCCCUGUGAACAGCAGCCUCUCACACCCACGGACCAGAUCCAAGCGCCUGAGGACCAGCGAGGAGCCUGUAGCCUUGGAAGGGUGCUCUGUCCUGGGUAGGAGGAGGGGCCUCGGAGGCACCCUGGGUCCCAAGGUCCGGAGAGGCUGCAGGGCUGGGGAGGAUGAGGACGAUGAGGAGGAAGGAGAGGGUCAGACUGAGAAUACACUCCGGCUCCCUGGUCCUUGUCGGCAGAUGUGUGUGGUGAAAGUCAACCGAAUGGAAGUGGAGAGUGACCGGUUGGCCUUCCCCUGUCCUCCUGAACCUCUGCGCCCCUCGUCUUUCCCCUCUCCCUCUCCCUCACCCUCUUCCGACUUCUCUUCUCGCCCCUCUCCCUCUCUGACCCCUGUCUCAGUGGACACCACAGAACAAGGGACAGGGGCGGGAACUCACCCUUCACCCCAUCUGCAUCCCACUAACCCCCCACAGAACCCCUCAGGGUCUGAGUUCGCAGAGGUCAUUAAAGGACCCCGUCAGAGGUCCGAGGCUGCCCCUACACCUGCCCGAUCAGAAAGAGGAGAAAUCCCCAGAGGACCGUUUAAGUCAGUAUGUAUAGAAUUGACUCCACUGGGACAGGUUCCCGAGUACUGCUCUGUGGAUGUCCACCCCUCUCCAGACCCCUUACGGACCAGGUUACCUUCCCCCAGAACGGUGCACCCGACUGGGGCUCAGGGGUGUACGGACUCGGCCUGUGGCCCUGGAGCUUUUCGAUCAAGUUCUUCUUCCGUAGAGAAGUCGUCUUUAAACCUAACCUCAACCCUACUCCCCGGCACUGAGUAUAAAAUGGAUACGUGUCAAGGUACUGCGGUUAAUACUACUACUACUACUACCACUACUACUACUACUACACACAGCAGUCACACCUCUGAAAGCAAAACACCAGCACUUUACAAUGACAUUUACACGAUUACUGACUCUGGGUCCAGAGGACAUGUUAUUUCCAACUCUAGUUCCGGUCCCGUUGAAAACCGUUCCUCUCUCCCUAUGUGUACGACACACAACCGUGUCCCCAUACAAAACCCUUCCCUUCUUCCGAGGUGUAGUUUACAAGACUGUUGCCCUCCUCUCCUCCAGAGGAACAACGGGGUGGACAUGCCUUUCCUCACUCCAGAACUGUCUGGAGAGACGAGGUUCUGCCCGCCCCUGCCGCCCGUUCUCACCCAGGAGAUGCCCUCCCUCACACUCGCCGUCAGCGGAGGUCACGCCGAGAUCAAAGGUCCGAGGUCGUCGUCGUUGUCCUCCUCCUCGACUGGCCGACACGGUGGUGCUCCAACCUUACCGUAUUUGCCGGGCAGUCACCCGGUCCUCGCCCCCGUGCUCCGACGCGAGACACCCACGACCCUCUCGCCAGGAACGGAGACGUUAACGGACGAGGAGUUGGCGUCAAAGAAGUCGGAGGAAGAGGAUUUUCCACCGUUAGCGCCUUACAGAGACUGGCGCUUGGGUUCUGCUGAAGACCACCAUAGACCAGAGCUGGAUUUACAGUUAGCGGUUUACGUGGCUAAUGCAACUAGCAAUGCUCGGCCCAAAAUGGCCGCCUCUGAUCACAAAAUGGCCCCCUCUCGGCACUCUGGUCCUACUGAAGACCACCACCAUAGGCCAGAGUUGGAGUCACAGGUAGCAGCUGACGCGGCGGCUAGUGAAACCAGCGACGCUCAACCCGAAAUGGACGCCUCUCUGCACAAAAUGGCCACCGACGCUUCCCAUCAAGAAGCACUACCAAUCCAAACAUUGUCUGAGACAGUGCUGACCACCGACAACCACUGUAGUCGAACCUCCGCGGAGACUCAUGCUAGCAAUAAUAACCACAUGCUCUGUGACGUUACACUACUGCCAACGCAGCAAAUCCAGAAACACGGGUCCUCGACGGCAACCGUAUCCAUGGACUCCGACUCAGAAGGAUCCUCUCAAAGAGACGAUGUAUUCAGAGACUCCAGUACUAAGGGUUUAUAUCUAGCUAGCACCAGUUUGACUUCUAAAGAUAAGUUGGCCCACUCUUCUGAGCUGAGUGAAUUGAAUGACCAUUCAGCAACAGUGCAACACCAACACAACCAUGACCAAACUCCACACUCAAACAUGGAUGUCGUUUGUAGUUCCCAAAACGUGGAUUCCAUUUGUAGUCCCCAAAACGUGGAUUCCAUUUGUAGUUCCCAAAACGUGGAUUCCAUUUGUAGUUCCCAAAACGUGGAUUCCAUUUGUAGUUCCCAAAACGUGGAUUCCAUUUGUAGUUCCCAAAACGUGGAUUCCAUUUGUAUUUCUCGAAACGUGGACUCUGUUUGUAGUUCCCAAAGCCUCUACCUGGAGCCCAAACCUUUCUCAGAUGGCAUCUGGAAGAACCUCAACUCCCAGAGUCCUGCGGUGCUCAUCGAGAGCCUCCACCACCCGGAGCUCCCCGCCGACUAUACCCACGAUGCACUACCUUACACCAUGUGGACCGAGCCGCAGUGCAAAGAGGUCACGGACCUCGAUCACGAAACUGAGACGGACGACCAGGACCCAGAGGGACAUGGGGACGGGCCUCUCACCUGGGCCCAGCUGGAGUCCACCUCUCUGGGGUCGGCCGGUGUCGGGGAGCCCCUGGGCCUCUGUGGAGACUUUGAGCUCCAUAGAGGGGAGGUGGAGGCAGCGGAAGCCCUGGCUCUGUGCAGGGAACUGGGGGUGGAGAGGGAGGCCGAGGGGGCUCUAGAACCUGACCCUCCCGAAUCGCCCUUGGAGGAGAGACCGGGGGAAGGGGAGGUGUCAGAUAUGGAAGAGGGAGAUUCGGAGGAUGAGGGGCAGAGCAGCACGAGGGAGGAGAGUAGUAGUGAGUCAUCCGAAGGAGAGGCUGAAGAAGAGGAAGGGGAGGAAGACUAUGAUAAUGAUUUGAGCGACUUUGCGUGUGGCGACUCGGGGCUGGAACCUGGAGAGUACCCUGCUGCUCCGCUGGUAAAGAGAACCAGUAAGAGCUGGCGUCGCCCUCUGAGGAAGCCCACCGCCCGGGCCGUGCCCUCCACUGUCAAACAACAGGCUGUCAGCGACGACGAACCCCCAGAUGCGUCUUUGAUGGAGGGGGAGGAGCAGGAGGCUGAGCCAUGGGCUAAGCCCCUCCUCUUCCUGUGGCAGAACAGGAAGUGUUACUUCACGGCGGAGAGAGAGUACAACGCUAACGCAGCCAAGAUGUUGCCGCACUGCGCUGUCUGCACACUGUUCAUGCCCUACUACCAGCCUGAGGACAGAGCUGACCGCCUCAAGCCCGUCCCCUCCUCCCCUCUCCCCUCCUCCCCUCCCCCGUCUCCCACCACCUCCAGGACUAGAGGAGGACCAGGGGGUCUGAGGAGGAGCAAGCCCCUGCUACCAGAGAUCUGUUUCAGCUACAGGGAGCAGACGUGCCCCCCUACCCCCACCAACGCCCUGCUGCAGGAGGACGGCACCAGCCCGCUGAUCACCUGUCAGGGGUGCUGUCUACAGGUUCACGCUAGUUGCUAUGGCGUUGCCGCUGAUGAUGUCAGCGAGGACUGGUCGUGUGAUCGCUGUGCGGACGGAACCUUGACGGCUGAGUGUUGUCUGUGUAAUCUGAGAGGAGGAGCUCUGAAGAAAACUACAGAUGACAAGUGGGCCCACGUGAUGUGUGCAGUAGCUCUGUCAGAGGUCUGGUUCAGGGAUGAGGUCACGAGGAGUCCCAUUGAUAUCAGCAGGAUACCCAUGCAGAGAUACAAACUGAAGUGUAUCUACUGCCGUAAGCGGUGUGUGAGGCGUGGCCAGGGCGGGGGAGGGGCAUGUAUCCAGUGUUCGUGCGGUCGAUGCCCCACCUCCUUCCACGUUACCUGUGCCCACGCCGCCGGGGUCACCAUGGAGCCGGACGAGUGGCCUUACGUGGUGUCAAUCACCUGCCACAGGCACCAAUCACGGAGCUCGUCUGCUGUGAGUACUCAUAGCGGCUCGGCUUCGGUCCCUCCCACCACACAGCGUGCAGCGUUUCAGAAGGACAUCGUCCUGGGUCAGACCGUCAUCUCCAAACACAAGAACCUGCGGUACUACAGUUCAAAGGUCACCCAGGUGACCUCCCAGACCUUCUAUGAGGUCAUGUUUGAUGACGGAUCCUUCAGCAACGACACCUACCCAGAGGACAUAGUGAGCCGGGACUGUGCCUGUCUCGGUCCUCCAGAAGUAGGGGAGGCUGUCCAGGUGAAGUGGCCUGAUGGACUCUUCUAUGGAGCCAAAUACCAGGGAUCCAACACCUCGCAUAUGUACCAGGUGGAGUUUGAGGAUGGUUCCCAGGUGGUAGCUAAGCGAGAGGAUGUCUAUACUCUGGAUGAAGACCUUCCCAAAAAGUCGACGGCCUCCAGCAUGCGUUUCCAGGACGCCUUCUUCACGACCCAGGGAGAGAGGAAGAGACAGAGAACGCCCAACUCCCGUUUCCAGAAAGACUAUGUGGCCCUCCCAGGCCUCCUUACCGCCAGCCAGAGCACAUGGGAACCCCGCAGCCCUAAAGGGAAAUGAUAGAGGGGGGGAGAGGUGGCUGGAGUGAUGACAAAUGAAUGCACUGAUGUAUGUGGGUGUAGCUGUGGGAUGUGAAGGUGUGUGUGUGUGUGUGUGUGUGUGUUUCG